UGACCAUGCUGACUGCUCAAUCGGUUCAUCGGUUAUACUUCCCAACGUAGAUUCAUUUGACCAGUUCGAAGCCUAGGGAGGAGACGCGAGGUGUUGAAACGAUGCCUUGUAGAUACCAUUGUCGUCAGCAUGCCUCAAGUAAUCAUUUCUCAUCAAAAGUCAUCAUAGUCUGAAUACUUACCUAUGUCUGCUGCCUUUCUCAUCGUAAUCAUCGAUGCCACGACCACUGGCUGGCUCAAAGCAGUUUUCAAGUGCAUGCAGUGGAGCAAAAUGGCUUCGUUGGAGCCUCUGGGGGAUUGAUGCUCGAUCGUUUCACGUGAUGGCCAUGGAUGUCGUUCCAUCUCUCCAUCACCCUACGCGUAAGAAAGGCUUUUUUGGCCAGUACAAUGCCUAUUAUCUUUGUUUUCCAUCGCCCCAGGUCCGUGGAAACCCCAUUGAGGAAACCCAUGUUGCAGUGUCCGGCUUGCCGACCACCACACAUCAAGCUCUUCACCGACCCAGCACCCUCGUAUCCAGAUCUAACAGGCUGGAGGCUGCUGGAGGCUCUGCUGUAUCAGACAGGUUAGAGGAGAGUCACUCAAUCUAACCUAACUCCACGAGUGAGUCUUUCAAUCCCCUACAAACCAUGCCACCCCAACCGCCCCUCGAGUAACAACUUGGGCCUUCUCUCGACCCCUGAACCUUCUCAUAAAGACAG